AUUCUCUCUCCCUUGUAGGGUGUCACCGCAUUAUCUCGUCUUAUUAAGGUGUCGUGUCAGGUCAUCUCUUCAUUCUGGGAAAAUUCUUCUCCUUCACAACACCGGACUCAGAUCAGACAUGAGGACGUUGUACAUCACUAUGAUCUUCGGGGUUCUCCUCCCUUCUGCCAGCGCUGAGGACUGGGAUCUGGAGAAGAUGAGACAAUGUACGUGCUCAAUGAAUGCAACAAAGGAAAUCCCAUCAGCCGUGGCCCGAGGCUGCAUUACAGACCCCCAGGGACAGAGAGUCACGCUGAGACUGUCCCCUUCAGAACACGAUGGCUGCAUUGCCUCCAUCCUCCAUGAAGCGUCUCCCGGGGAGAUCUACGUCAUUAUGAACUACAACGGAAAACUGGAUGACGCCACAAAGCGGUCACAAGACGUGGACGGCACCAUGAUGACGGCAGACCAAAGCAAUCCCGAGGACGAGAUGGAGUUCAGCUUUAAACUAGAUGUGGCAGAGGGUAAACUUUACACCUCGGAGCCCCUAAAGAAGUACGUCAUCGCCAUAAAGAGAAGAAGACGGGAAAUAAUGCCCUUCAGCUUCAUGACCUUCAACAUAGCCGUCAGAUUAGACGGAGAAUCCACCUGUGAUAUGAAGGAUCAGACGGAGUCUUUGCUCGUUAAAGGAAUUAAGCGUUAUUGGCUCCAGAUGGCCUUGUGUCUACUUGACGCCACAGAGUGAGCUUCGCGAAGCCUCUUCUAAUGGAACAUCCGCUGGUCACAUGAUGAGUCUGGAACAUCCGCUGGUCACAUGAUGAGUCUGGAACAUCCGCUGGUCACAUGAUGAGUCUGGAACAUCCGCUGGUCACAUGAUGAGUCUGGAACAUUAAAUGUACCAAUAAAAUGGACUUUGCUGA